AUGAGGACUAUCCUGACUCAUAUCCUGUUCUUCACGGGACUCGUACAUGGGAUGUACACCGACGGGGUGGAGCAAACGACAAUGGGCCCGGGUAGAAUAUCAGCGACGAAGGCGAGCAGUCGUUACAGGGAUCCUCUGUUAUCAACAACCUGGUCUAACCGAACAAGUCCGAGCAACUCCGUCCGCGGGAGAUCCUUUUCGGUCGCUCGUCAGAGUCCCGAGAGACCUCAAACCACCAGAAGGUCCCGGAAAAAGGAGGAGACCGAAGAGCCCCGAAUGUUCUCCACGUUAAUUCAACCUCCGGAUCGCCGUCCGUCCGACGAAAAGCCUCCGGAGUUCCAGCGGAGGAACGUCCGCCUAAGGACGAAAAUUCCCGGCGGAAGAUAUACCGCACCCUCGCCGAUAUUACUUCCACCUUACAAAUCUUACUCGCCGGAAUACAAUUUCGACGAGGAGAAGAACGGAGAUCCCACCGCCCUGGAUGCCGACCUACAGGUGACGACCCUUCCGCCUAAUACUACGCCCAGACGCAUCAGGAUUUAUGAGAUCACCACCGCAAAGCCGCUCAAUGUUACGGAUUCCGCUCCCAAUAAGGAUCAGAAUCCUCCCGAGGAUCCCGAAACGAAUCAACCGAAGAGCACGCCGGGCUCCUUGGAUGUCGUCGAGAGACCGGUCACUCCGGAAGCCUCCGACGCCAUCAAUGGACCGGAGGAUUAUUCUUCCGGGACUACCUCCACUCAUCAGAGAAACGUUUACUCCUCGUAUGACGAUGGAAGUGUGACAGUGAAAGCUCUGAGGGUGAGGUUGAACGGUGGCAGUGUCGACGAAUCCUCCUGGGAAAGCGCCAGAUAUAGACAAGAUACGGAGGACGAAGAACCUCCACGGAGACCGGAAGUGACUUCCCUGCCGACCAAGAAGAACGUCCACUGGAGGAAGCGGCCGACGGAAUUACCCAACCACUUCAAAGUUCUCGGUGCUGCCAGGAAAGUAGGGGCGAUACCUGGAGUUCCAGGACGAGACUAUCCCGUUCAUCGGCAACACACGCAUCAUCGUUUAAGAUAUAACACGAAUAGAUUCCCGUGUCCCGUUGCACCUGGUACCCAUAUUUAUCUAGCAGACAGAGCAUCCAGAUGCCAGAUCUUUUACGUCUGUUACGGAGAUCAAAAUGGCGUCCCAAUGACGUGCCCCAACGGCACUCUUUUCAAUGAGUCUCUUCAGGUGUGUGACUGGUGGUUUAACGUUGCUUGUUGA